CAUUUUUUUAUUGUAAAAAAUUUCAAAAGUAACUCACGUCUGAUUUCAAUAAAGGAUCAAAGAGAAAUAACCCACUAAUAAGUUAAUGCGCGUGCGUAACUUUUGUUCUAAGACUUUACUGAGUGUUCCAUGAGAAAGAAAUAUAUGUUGAAUUUCUUUCGGCAUCAUCGAUUAUGUAAUCGGCAACCGCUAUUAUGACACUACGAUGUUAAAUUACGUAUGCUUCAAUUGCACGAAGAUCUUUUGUACUAUAAUGCGAUGAAACUAAAUUAUUAAGAAUUGAAUUAUAGCAUAUAAUAUUUUAUAAUAAUUUUUUCAAUAAAAGACAAAAUGUAGAAAAUAUGAGAUAUUUAUAUUUCAUAGAUAAUAGUAGAGAUAAGAGAAUUCUCGUUUUUUUUAUUUUAUGUAUACACACGCACUUUAGUAUUAGCAGAAGAAUGAUCAGUGUUGCAGAUAAACAUUUCAAUCUUAAUCGUAAUCUUUUGUUACUAAUUGGUCUAUGGCCUUAUAAAAAUUCGAAAUUUGCCCGAUUUCAUUUAUUUUGUUGCUACAGUGCUAUUGCAAGCAUUAUUAUAUUUCAGUUUACAGCAUUUUUGACUUCAAAAUGUACUACAGAUCACAUAAUAAAAAUUUGUUCUCUAUUAUUUGGUUAUAUUAGCGUUGCUAUUCAAUAUAAUUCGUUUUACAUUAAUAGCAAUACAAUAAAGUUUUUAAUGGAAUACCUUCAGCUUAUUUAUAGUGAUUUAAAAGAUAAUAAUGAAAUCGCCAUCUUUGAAAAAUAUGGAAAUAUUUCGAAACGUUAUACGAUUGCGUUUAUAACAUGUCUUCUUUGCAGUUUAUUUAUUUUAAUUAACGCGCAAUUGUGGCCAGAUUUUAUUGAUAUUAUUUUCUCCGUAAAUGAGUCUCAACCACGGCGUCUGUCAAUCGCAAUGGAAUACUUUAUUGAUCAAGAGAAAUAUUACUAUUUAAUGCUAAUCCACUUCAAUGCAAGUACAUGCAUAGGAUUUUUCACAUUAGUAGCAACAGGAUCAAUGCUCUUUGCAUAUCUUCAACAUGCAUGUGGAAUGUUUAAAAUUGCUAGUUAUCGUAUUAAAAAUGCAAUAGAAAUUUAUAUACAAAGUAUUAAUCUAAAAAACAAAAAUUUGGUUUAUAAAAGUCUUAUUUAUGGUAUACAUCUUCAUCGAAAGGCAAUAAUGUUUUCCGAAUAUUUAAUAUCUAAUUUUGAGAUGUCAUUCAUGUUUUUAAUAGCGUUCGGAGUUCUUACUUUGAGUCUUAAUACUUUCCGACUUUUUCAGUUGCUGUCAUUUAAGUUUAAUAUUGGUGAAUUUUCAGUAGCAUGUGUUGCAACAUAUAGUUGUUUUGUGUACAUGUUCUUAGCCAAUUUUAUCGGACAAGAAAUUAUAAAUCACUAUAAUCUUAUAUUUAUUACUGCAUACGAUGUUCAAUGGUACAUAACUCCAUUAUAUAUACAAAAAUUUAUAUUAUUUUUAUUAUUAAGAGGCAAUAAAUCUUUUGGCUUGAAUGUCGGUGGAUUGUUCGUGUCGUCUUUACAAUGUUUUGCUACGCUGGUAAACGCAUCCUUGUCUUAUUUUGUUCUUAUGUAUUCCAUGGGAAAUUGAUGAAAAUAUUUUUAUUCAUUAUUAUGCAUUAUUAAAGUAUAAAUGUCAACAAGAGAUAAUAUAUUCUAUGUUUAUUUAAAUACAUAGAAUGUAAUUAAAAAUGUAAAUUAAAUAUAAUUGUUAAUUUGGUACAGUUAAAUAUAGUUGUUAUUUUAUGUAGCUUAAACAAAAAAAAGAAUAUAUUUUUCAAGUCAAUAAGCUUAUCUGUUUAACAAUUUAUCUUUUAUAUUUGAAUCAGAUAUAUCAGAUAUAUUUGAAUUGGGAUUAAGAAUUAUAUAAAGAUCAUACAAAGUAUAUUACAAUAAAUAUUACGUAUAAUUUAUACAUAAAUUAAAAAGUUUAUAUUAUAAGAAAACUACAAUCUUAUAAGUGUAAUUUUUUUAAAAUGACAAUUAGUGAAAUCAAUAAAAACACAUUAAUUUUCAAUG